AUGGCGACUCCGCAACAGAAAGCAUUUUGCGUCUUACGUUUCAAUAAGUGCGAGUCGGCGAUAACUGUUCAACGUGAUUUUCGAAGAACUUAUGGAACUGAAGCUCCUACUGCUCAAAGCAUUCGACGUUGGCACCAAACUUUCCAAGAAAGUGGUUGUCUGUGUGCACAGAAACGCUCAGGUCGACCUCGUACCUCUGACGAAAACAUCGAGCGAGUUCGACAAAGUUUCGUUCGAAGUCCACAGAAGUCUACACGUCGUGCAGGCUUAGAGCUAGAUCUCCCACAUUCGACCGUUUGGCGUGUUCUACGACGUCGUUUGACAUUGAAGGCAUACAGAAUACAACUGUUACAAGCCCUCCUACCGGAUGACAAACAAAAAAGGAUUGAUUUUUGCAAUUUCAUAUCCGAAAAACAAGAAGAAAAUGAGUCAUUUGUCUCACGCAUUGUUUUUUCGGACGAAGCCACAUUUCAUCUAAGUGGAAAAGUCAACCGCCAUAAUGUCAGGAUCUGGGCUUUAGAGCAACCACACGCAACUGUUGAGCAUCAAAGAGAUUCACCAAAAAUCAAUGUUUUCUGUGCAAUUUCCAGGAAAAAAGUUUACGGUCCAUUUUUUUUUGAAGAAAACACAGUAACGGGUAACACAUAUCUAAACAUGUUGCAAACAUGGUUGUUUCCACAGUUACAAGAGGAUAGUGAUGAUUUUGUUUUUCAACAAGAUGGAGCACCGCCGCACUGGAAGUUAGAAGUUCGCCGGUAUUUGAACGGUGAACUCCCUCAGCGGUGGAUUGGGCGUAAAGGAAACGACGAUUUGGCGAUUCAUCCCUGGCCACCACGUUCCCCUGACCUCACAGUGUGUGAUUUUUUUUUAUGGGGCUACAUAAAAGAUAAAGUGUAUGUACCACCAUUACCUACAAACUUGGAAGAGCUUAAAAUCAGAAUCAAAGAUGCUGUUAAUGCCGUGACACCAGAUUUGAUCAGCAACGUUUGGGAAGAAUUUGAUUACCGUAUAGAUGUGUGUCGGGCGGCCGGUGGGGGUCAUAUUGAACAUUUGUAA